UUUAUUUUCUUAGAGCUACUUCCCUUCUUGAGGAACCCGCGAUAAAUGCGAUAAUCAUGAUGAGUUUUGCCUAUUUUAUCUCGACCAGAGCACAGAUAAUUUGAUUUUGUAAUGAAAAUCAAGUAGAACAAGAUGUAAAACAUCUUUCUAAGAUAACCGCUUUCUGUUUGUCAUGAUAUUAGUUUAAUUGUUUUUCUUGGAUGCGACGAUUACCUGCGUAACAAAAUGGACGGAUCAGGACAGAACUUUGCUUCCUAUGGGAGUGGACUUACUCCCCAGCACCAACAGAGUCCAAUGAUGUCACCUGCAGCUUUGAGCAGUUUUUCUCUUGGAGCCACUCCAAAUCCAGUAAUGCCACCAUCAAAUGCAAGUUUGUACCCCCCUCAGACCCCAGUGGCUCCUAUGACACCAGGAGUACCUGUCACCCCCGGAGGACCCCCAAUAACUCCAGGAGGUCCCAUGACACCAGCAACCCCAGCAUCAGAGGGCGGAGCUGGAAUGGUCCCCCUUAGACCUCAGUUACAAAAUAUUGUAUGCACUGUAAAUCUUGGAUGUAAAUUGGAUCUGAAGAAAAUUGCUCUUCAUGCAAGAAAUGCAGAAUACAAUCCAAAACGUUUUGCUGCUGUUAUUAUGAGGAUACGAGAACCUAGGACUACAGCACUGAUCUUUAGUUCAGGGAAAAUGGUCUGCACUGGAGCUAAAAGUGAAGAUCAGGCAAAACUGGCAGCAAGAAAGUAUGCAAGAAUUGUUCAGAAGCUAGGAUUUGCUGCAAAGUUUUUGGAUUUCAAGAUUCAGAACAUGGUUGGAAGCUGUGAUGUAAAAUUUCCUAUUAGAUUAGAGGGCUUGGUCUUGACCCAUGGUCAGUUCUCCAGCUAUGAGCCUGAAUUAUUCCCAGGACUGAUAUACAGAAUGGUGAAGCCCCGUAUCGUGUUACUUAUUUUUGUCUCAGGAAAAGUUGUACUUACAGGAGCCAAAGAUUGGGAGUAUACCAUGAGGAGAGAAAUGCAGGAAAUUAUACCUAAUCUCUACUUAGGUCCAUAUGCUGCAGCUAACAAGAACAAGUUAUGCUAUCUAGAAUCGAUGGGAAUAACUGACAUUGUGUGUGUAAGACAUGCUGCUGAGGCGAAUUUCAUCAAACCAAACUUUCCAGACAAGAUCAGAUACUUGGUCCUGAAUGUCGCAGAUGUUUAUACAGAAAAUAUUAUUCAGUAUUUUCAAAAGGUGAAGGCAUUUAUCGAUGAAAGUUUUGCAGGAAAUGGUAAAGUUCUUGUUCAUGGAAAUGCUGGGAUGUCUCGAAGUGCAUCAUUGGUGAUAGCCUACAUCAUGGAGAAGUAUGGCCUAUCUUAUAGGGACGCCUUUGCCCAUGUCCAACAGAAAAGGUUCUGUAUCAACCCGAAUGAAGGAUUUGUACAACAAUUAAAUGAAUACGAGCCAAUGUACAGAGCUAGACUCAGUUUCCAACACAGUUAUACCCCUUUAGAAAGUGGAAUGUUAAAGAGAAAAUACUGUGAGGAUAAUGAGCCUCCACAAGACAGCAUGAUGAUUCUUCCUACUUGACCAUUGUCAGACUGCAUUCUACAAGACACCAUGGCGAUUCUACCCAGUUGACCAUUGUCAGACUGCAUUCUUAAUUAUUGCCAGUAUUUCUCCAUAAAUGAACAAGAAGACAGAUUUACCUUGUGGACUGUCAGUAACUAGUUUGACAGAUGUAUGGAGUGAAUGCAUUUUUUCCUCUACCUUUCUCAGGCAUUUGAAACAUUGUAAACAAAAAUGGUGUUACAUGUAUAUAUGUUUUCUCGAUGGAUGUCUUAUGCAUUCAUUUUUUACUACACUGUACAUUAUAAUUGCUGCAGCAUAUUGUUACCAAAUCUUUAACCAUGUUAAAUAUAUGUAUUUAUAAUUUAA